CACAGCGAUAGAGGGAGCAGAAUGCCUUCGCCGGCGAGCAAAGAAGCCGGCGAGAGCUCGGCCAACGAAGCACGUCCCAAUGAUGCUUCGGGCUCCGCCGCGGCAGGCGGAGCAGCGGCUGGGUCCCAGCAGCCAGGCACAUCCACAGGGGGAGCAACACCGGCCAUCGCAAACACGGAGGAUGACUUGACACCGGAGCAGACGGCUGCCGUGCUGGCCUACUUCAGGAAGAGAGGCUUCAAGAGGGCCGAAGACCUGCUCAAAGCGGAGAUCGAGGCUCUGAACAAGGGUGCGACGCCGGCGCAAGCUCGACAGAGCGUGACGGACCGCUACGGUUCGCCCACGGUUACUGUGAAUGAGUUGGCGACAAAGAUCGCACCGAGGGAGCCGGCCCCGGGCGAGAAAUCGAGCAACGGAAGUGCCGCAAACGGAAGUCAAGCACAAAAUGGGGAAAAGACCGGACCUCUGGAGCAAGCGGCGAUUGAGGCCCUUCGACUGGAUCCCACCGACCGAUCACGAGGGUUCGACAUGCUCAAGCACUGGACCGAGGGCAGCCUGGACAUGUAUGAGCCCGAGCUCAUGCCCAUCCUCCUUCCCCUUUUCGUUCACGCCUACCUCGAUCUCGUUUCGUUGGGAUAUGGAGCAGCCGCCGUGGCCUUUUUCAAUGCCCAUUCUGGCGUCCUUUUACCCCGUCAUGCUUCAUUACUUUCCCAAAUACGGUCCAUCUCACUGCCGCUGCACGUCGCAACCGAUCCACUCUCCCAACGGUUCAGGACCGAGCGCUACGUCAUCAAGAUGUCGCAGACGGUCUUUUCUCUCCUCUUGGGCUGGCUCACCGACGGAAGAGGACCCGUCGCAGGAGCGGGCGCCGCCCCUGGCGUUAGCGAAGGGAACGACAACAAGGAGAGGAGGGGUCGAGAGGCCAUGCUCAAGAUCAUCAACGACCGAUGCCGCGUCCAAGUCCUUCAAACGAAAGCGCAGGAGCUAACGCUGGCUAUGCUGGAGGAGGGUACGGGUCUGACAGGAGCCACAGGCCCGUCCUAUGCGACCAGGAGCGCAAUCGGGCGACAUCACCCCUCUUUGAAUCCCAACGCCGUUUCCGAGUCGGAUGCUGUUGCUGAGUUCAAUGCGGCCGCGGCUGGUCCGCAACUCAAGCUCGGCGCCAAGAUACCCCUGAGCGAGAGACUGGCUGUCGAGGUUCAACGAGAGGCGAGAGAAGAGAUGGCGGAGGAACAGCAGCAAACACAAGCGCAACAGCAGGUGCAAACUGAGCAAGGCGACGGUGGUGAAGAGGCGAAGGCAGCGGCGACCGCCAAGGCAAAAUCCGGGACAAAGGAGAGAGAAGUAACGCCUGGGAGCUCGGGAAGGAAAGCGUCAGCCACACCUGCUGUGGGAGCCACGUCGACAGCGGCGACAGUGACCACGACAGACGAGUAUGGGCUGCUUCAAGCAACCUAUGCCGACCUCCCACCCCAGCCUCCCGUAUUUCGGACCGUUGACAUCCAAAGAGAGGUGGCAAGGAUGCGCGAUGCCAGAAAGGCUCUACGUUUCGACCUGUCGCUUCGAGGUAGUGGGCCCUCUGCUUCUGUCGCUACCGGUGGGCCUUCUUCCUCGUCUUCGUCAUCGUCCGCUGGCGCGACCGGAUCAGGAGGAGCUACAGCUGCUGGAAGCACAGCAGUUGCGAGCGGCAGCGCGGGCAAUACACCUGCGCCAGCCUUUUUGUCAGGCGUACGAGAUGCAACCUUCAACGGUCUUGGUCUCGAAGGGGCCAAAGCUGCUCAGACGGCGGCUUUGCCAAGUAUCUGUGCUUACACCUUCCAUGACGCCGACGAUGGCCUGACAUCGUGUCGUUUCUCCCCUGAUCUGAGCCUCGUUGCAGCCGGAUUCGAAGAGUCGUUCAUCCAAGUUUGGAGCACGAAGGGCGAGCCGUUGCGGGGACUUCGGUCAGACUUCAAGCUGAGCGAAGUCCGCGACAGACAGUCGCUGCGCUCGAAGCGUGAUUCUUCUACGAUUUCAACCAGGAAGCUCAUUGGCCACUCGGGCCCUGUCUAUUCGAUCGACUUUGACCCGAUAGCGGGCACGUCUGCGCCCUCGAGGAAUCUGUUGAGUGCCUCGGCUGACGGCACGGCUCGUCUUUGGUCGAUGGACACCUUCACCGCUCUGGUGGCGUACAGGGGCCACCAGCAGCCCGUCUGGAACGUCCAGUGGUCUCCGCUAGGCGUCUACUUUGCCACGGCCAGCGCCGACAAGACGGCAAGACUGUGGAGUACCGAGCGCAUCAACCCGCUGAGGAUGUACAGCGGCCACCACUCGGACGUCGAUACGCUGGCCUUCCAUCCCAAUUCCCUCUACCUCGCCACGGGCUCUUCGGACCGCACGGCACGGCUCUGGGAUGUGCAGCGAGGCGCUUGCGUGCGGCUCUUUGUCGGCCACAACGACGCAGUGUCGGCGCUGAGCAUGUCCAAGGACGGGCGCUACCUCGCCACGGCCGACGGCUCGCCCGGCGGCGGCGGCAAUGGCGGUGGCGAGAUCAGCUUGUGGGAUCUCGGUUCGGGAAGGCGGAUCAAAAAGAUGUGGGGCCACGAGUCGCUCAUCACUUCGAUGGAUUUCAGCCAGGAUGGGAGCCUCCUCGUCUCGACGGCCAUGGACUAUACUGUCCGUACGUGGGAUGUCAAUGCCGCCCAAUCAGCCCUCGGAGGCUCGGCGGCGGCGAAUGGAUCUGUCCCGGGCAAAGAUGCACCGACGAUCCCGACUACUUCUUCAGCAGCAGCGUCUUCUUCUUCCGACCUCGUGGCGACGUUCUACACCAAGCGCACAAAUAUGCUCGAUGUCGUCUUCACGCCGAGAAACCUCUGCCUCUGCGCAGGUCCCUAUGAUGCAAACUUGUAGAUCAUGUAUAACGAUGCUCGUCUUGGGACAGACAUGAAUGAAUGGAUCGUGUAACAUAAUGACACGCAG